GAAGUUUCAGCACAUCUGAAAUCCGUGCCUGAGAAACCAAUUCCAUCGUGAACAUGCAGUCACCACCCGUCACCCCAAAGCGCAAGCGUCGUGGCUCCUCUGGCGAUGCUGUUCAGCCCGCUUCCGCCUCGGAGUCGGCCCGGAAGAGGGCGAAAGCGAACCCCCAGACACCCUCCAAAUCGGCCUUGGCCAAGGCCGAGGCCAGGAAGAAGAAGGAGUGGAAGGCGGGUUGGGACGAAUACGUCCGGGCUUCCUUCUGGGAAAAGGAUGGCAGCUACCGCCAGAAGGUCAACACCUUUGAGAUCCAUCGUUCUGACGCAAUGAAAUUCUACCGACUGAAGGCUGCCGAGAUGGACACCCUCCCCCACUGGGAGUUUGAGAACAAGAAUUAUCCCUCUCAUCCAGGACGUUCCUACUCCCACGAGGGUGUUCUCAUGCUCGCCAGCCGCAAGCACGCUAUGCUGGCGGGCUUGCAUGAGAGAGGGCUACGUGAGCACGAGCUUCUUAAACAGGGCAAGAAGCUGUUUGAUGAGGAGCAAGAACGUCUCCUCCAACGAACGCCCAACAAGAAUAGGGAGCCACGCCUGUUCAAGAUCUCCAAGAGGCGCCCCAGGCGUGAGCUAAUGGGCUUUCCGGAUGACACACCAUCUGGCUCCUGGGAAUCGCCCAUCUGGGAAGACGGCGAGAUCAUCGGUCACUGGCUCAACUACCAGUUCGACCCUAAUCUUGGCCCUGAAGACGACUGGAUGUUUUCGACUGCCAGAUUUCGUCCCUUGGGAUCAUCGGAGUGGGUCGAACCCCCAUGAGGCUGCCGUCGAUUGCAUGAACGGGCAACACUCUGCCCAUCCCUCAUCUUUUCUCAGAAUUACACAGGACACAUCACUUUUGUUAUUGCAGUAAUAGAGCCACAUUGCCUAAAAUUUAAUAGCUAUCAUCGAG